GCGUCCGUUUCGGACUCUUCUGGCUGCUUUGUGGUUGUUGUCCUGCUGUCAAUCAAAGCGGGGUGGGUGGGAGGACGCUUGUCUGGAGCCUGCUAGCAUAGCCGAUUAGCCGGCUACGAUUUCCUAGCCCGGCAGCCGAUGCGGCAAGUCCAACAAAAGUUGUCGUUUGGGUCCAAUUGGUGUUUUUAAUCUCACGCCGGAGGCUUUCCAAAGGCGGACAUGAGUUCUUCGGGCUCCCCGACAAUUGGGGAGCUGUUCCACACGCUCGGCGAAAUGGGGUUCACACCAGAACAGAUUCAGGCGGCGGUGCAAGCCGGCCAUUUCUCAGUCAUGGACGCGGCCGAGUGGCUCCUGCAGGGUCAACAGCACCCGCGGCACAGUUUGCUCAAGCAGCCGACGGCGCCGGCGGAAACGGCUUUCGCGGCUUUCAACCCUCCUAAAGAGCCGGCCGGUGCGUCUGGAUCGCGUUCAUCUGGUUCUGAACUUCCAGCAAGCGGCUCGUUGGUUCUGAGGCCGUCGCCGAAGUGCUCGCCGCCCUCCCGUGAGCUGCCCCCCGUCGAGUCGCGCAUCAAACAGGACAAGAGCGACUUUGAGGAGCAGCAGCGGAAACGCGUUGCUCAAGAGGCCAGGGCGGAGCGCAGACAAAAGAAACAGGAGCGAGAGUUGGUGCUGAAGCGCAUCGCCGACGACCGGAGGAGCUUGCAGGAAAACAAGGGCGGCCAUUGCGGCGCCGGGGCGGAGGCGGCGUCCCCGCCCGGCGCGGGUCAGGGGCAAAUUUUGGGUGGGACGGUUCAGACUAACGCGGACGACAACUGUAUCCUCAGGAUCCGGCUGCCGUCCGGUGAGUCCAUGCGCGAACGCUUUCCGGCUGACGCGCCGCUGCGCAGCGUCGUGGAGCACAUAACCGGACGUCACCCGUCCCUCCCCACCUUCUCUCUCCUCCAGGGGUUCCCACGGAAGCGCUUCGGGGAGGCCGAGCUGGCCUGCUCGCUGCGCUCGCUCGGCCUCACGCCCAACGCCGCCCUUUGCAUUCAGACCACGCCCCCGGAACCCCCCCAAGACCCGGCCGGCCCCCCGGGGCCCGCCGCGGUCGAGCGCGACCCGCCGGCGCCCCCCCCUGCGCGACCCGCCCCUCGGGUCCCCGUCCAGGAGGGGGCGGGAGGGCCGGACCUUGUCGCGCCGCCCCCGCUGGCCGACGACGUGUGGGACGAGGCCGCCGGUCUGGCGGGGAUCCCCGGAGGUCCUCCUCCGCAUGGACCGGCUCACGUUUGGGGGCGAGGACAAAAGCUGGUUCCGGUUAGCCCCGAGAUAGACGCUGACGUACAACUCGAACAGGAAGAGGAUGACGAAGAAGAAGAUGAUGAUGAUGAUGAUGAUGGUGAUGGUGAUGGUGGUGGCGGUGAAGAGAGAGAAGCUCUUCAUUUGCUCAACGGCAUGCCGCAGCUGCCUUUCUUCCCGGAGAACAGGAACCGCGGCGGGUUCGAGUCCCGACACCGCUGGCCCGAGCAGGGCAACCGACUCAGGGAGGACGCGGCGGGUGAGCCGGAGGACGCGGCGCCCGGCGCCGCCGGCCAGGCCGCCGUGGAGCGUCUGCAGCGGGCGGCGCGGCGCGAGGGCCCCGGGCACGACGCCCACGGGCAGCCCCUCCCGCCCAAGAGGUCCUUCAAGACCCGGACCGUGUCCUCGCUCUGCGGCUUGGCCACGCACGCCACAGUCCACCUCAUGACGGCUCCCAACAUGCAGUACAGCAGCAGCCUGGCGGGCCUGACGCCCGAGCUGGCGGAGCUCCUGCUGGGCCACAUGGCCCGGGAGCGCCUGCUGCGCCCGCGCCACCUGGAGCUGUUCUUCGGCUGCCCGCUGCGCAAGUUUGUCCUCAACUGCUACCCGUACGCCACCAACGAGCUGCUGCGCCAGCUGCGCCCCUUCACCGCGCUCAAGCACCUCAGCCUGGUCAACUCGCCGCUCAUCACAAAUUCCGGCCUGUCGAUCUUGUCCGGUCUGGUUAAACUGCAGUACCUGAACCUGGCGUCGUGCAGCAAGCUGACCAACUCGUGUCUGCAGCACAUCACAGGUCUGAAAAGCCUGUGCUUCCUGUCGUUGGACCAGACCAAAGUGACGGACGCGGGGGUGGCGCUGUACCUGCGCUCGGCGCCGCCGUGCCUGUCGCAGCUCAGCCUCAACCAGACGGCGGUCGCCGAGGCCACGCUGGCGGCGCUGCCCGAGUGCGCGCCGCAGCUGAGGGUGCUCAGCGUCAGGCAGACGCAGGCGUCGGACGUGUCCCCGCUGUCCCAGCUGACGGGCCUGCAGACCCUCAACCUCGACGGCACGGGCGUGACGGAGGCCUCGCUGGCUCGGCUGGGCGCCCACCCGGCGCUUUCCUCCCUCAGCCUGGCGGGGGUGCGCGUUUCGGACGGCGACCGCGCCCUGCAGAUCAUUUCGGGGCUGCCUUUGACUCACCUGACGCUGCCGGGGCGCCGCUCGGUCACGGACGACGGCCUGGCGUUCCUGUCGCGGCGGCUGCUGGAGCUCGACCUGACGGAUUACACGCAAGUCACGGAUCGGGGGAUUCGGCACCUCGGCGCGAUGAUCAGGAUUAAGAAGCUGUCGCUUAGCAACACUCAGGUGACGGACGCGGGGCUCCCGUCAUUGCGCCCCCUGCUGGAGCUGCAGGAGCUGUGCUUGGACCGGACGGCGGUCAGCAGCCGAGGGGUGGCGCCGCUAAUCGCCGGCCUGCCGCACCUUCAGGUGUUGGGCUUGGCCAGCACUCAGGUGGGCGACAACGUCGUGAGGCGAGGUCUCAUCCACUGCCCCCAGCUGGUCAAGUUGAAUCUCAGCCGCACCAGAAUCACCGAUAACGGCGUAAAGUUCCUGGCGCGCAUGCGCCUGACUCAGGUGAACCUCGACGGCACCGGCGUGAGCCUGUCGGGCAUCGCCGCCCUGCUGGCCUCCACGCACAUCAGCAGCAUCCGUGCCAGCAACACGCGCCCGGUGCCCCUCGACGACGUGUCCGACGACGACUGGGAGGCGUCAUCGUAGCAACAAAGACCCCCGCAUCCGUGUGUGUCUCCCCCCCCCCCCCCCCCCCGUCUAACUGCACGUUUGCACCGAUAAUCUGUCAAUCUGGCAUGCUUGAAAAUGUUGGCAGCAAGGUUUGUGUCGAAAAGCCAGCUUGGAAGCAAUCUAACGGGCCUUCGGGUCGUCACUCAGCUCAGUACCAAAUUGACCCUUUGAGGGGAGAGUGGAAAAAAAAAAUAAUUAUAUUUAAACACUAAAAAGAUUUGACUGUCCCAAUCAUUUUUUAGGAACAGGAAAUACGUUCCUGGGUCAGUUUGACACUUGUCAACAUCACAGUCUAAAACGAUGCAAAUUGUCAUCUUUAAUCGAGGACCUUCGGCGGCCCGAAAACGGGUUUAACGCCGUUACCGCGAGAAGGCAAAGAACACGCGCGGCACGAACGUUCACACAUUUCAAAUUAAACACGCUAAAUAGCUUUUGUCAUUUUAAGUUCAUUGUACGAACCAGCAAGGAUAUUUGUUAGCAUUUCCUAAUUUCAUUUUUUGGAUUGUAUUAAAAUGACUUUUUAGCAUUUUGUUUGUAGAGCGCCUUGACAGCAGUUUUCCC